AUGGGUGAAGAAGUUGGGCAACACUCCCAGAACCCUAAAGAUAUCAAGGAUGGUUUGGCUACCAGCGGCUACCCAGAGCAGAGGAGUCGCUAUCCAAGCGGCGGGGACCGUGGUUGGAGUGGGAACAGCGAGAGGAGCUGGAGCCGCGACCGCCGGACGCCGGAGUCUGACCAGCGGAGCGAUGAGGGGAGGAGAGAGGAGGAUGAUGGUCCUGAGGUGAAGAAGUCCCGAGUAGACACCACCGCGUACGAUCCAUCCGAACCCACACCUGAUGAUGAUGAUGUCAGCAAUCCUGAUCAGGUGCCUGCAAGUGACAUCCAGGUGACCAUUCAGCAGGGUGGGGAGGGCAGGACAGUCAACGAUGACAGGCCAGGACAACAGAGCCCUGAACAACAGAAGAUCUACAUUUGUUAUGCCUGCAACGCCAAGUGCUACAACCUUAGGAACUACGAGGCCCACAUGACAGGGAACCGUCACCGCCAGCAGAUGCUGAAGAUCCAGGAGUUUACCCAGAUGAGGGUCCAGCAGGCCACGGCACACAUGCAGGCCAGGAUGAAGGCAGAACAGCAUCUCCGCAAGAUAGAGGGGCAGGGACUGGGGUCUACAUCCAGCUCAGGAUCAGGGAGGCAUAGUAGCCUGAGCAGUGGGAAAAGCAGUAACCAGAGAAAGCCGAGCACCAAGCUGGAAAAACGCUGGUGUGACACCUGCAAAAUCCACUUCUAUGGACCAGUCAUAGAGCACAGACGCACCAAGGACCAUAAGACAAGCAAGAAGGCCACUAGGCCCGCCUGUCAUCUGUGCAAGGUGCAGUUUAGGAGCCCUAAGAAAAUGGUGGCACACUGCAACACUGCGGGACAUAAAGCUAAGUUCCGUGAGGCCCAGGAGAAGAAGAAGAAGACAGGACAAGACGAGGAAUGGUUCCCAGACAAUCCUGAGGAGAUGGUGACGGUAGACGCUGUUGGGUGCUUCGACAGUGACGAUGAAGACUUGGGAGACAGUAAAGAGGCCGGGGAGGAAGAUCUCUCUAAGGAGGUCUUUGAGAGCAAUGGAGAAAAAGGUGACUUAGAAGAUGCUGAGGAGGAAAUAUCUAGAUCUGGAGACAUUCCAUCUGAAGACAUCGGCUUACAGCCCAAGACAGAGGAGGAGGAGUUCUCAUUGGCAGACCUGCCUUCUCAAGACAUAGAUCUCAGACAGAUGUCAGGACCUCCUCCAAUGGUCUUCAACAUCCAAGACCAGAUCCAAGCUCCAACAAAGAUGCAGGAUGAAGAGCAACAGGAGAGUGUCAGUGUUACCACACCAGUGUCUCCUAGACCGGAGACAACACUGAGGGAAGAGGAGAACUCGACUCAGGAAGAGAUGGGGACUGAUGCUGCAAGUCAACCUCAAGAGUUGGAAACUCGGGAAACCAAAGAAACACAGUUGGAUGACGAGAAGGAAAACUUGCGAGCUGAGGAAGAACCUGGAGCUGUGGAGGACUGUUUGCAAGAGUCUUCAGAGAUGGAAGUUGAAGAAAACAAACAGCCGACACCCGCACAGGUCGCAGAAUCAGAGGAAACGUUGCAGACCCAACCACAGGACAAGGACAACACCAAAGUCCUGAGGCAAGAAGCCACACAGGCACAAGUGCAGGAUGCAGAGGACACCACCCAUGAUGAAAUGGAAGCUUCAACACAGGCACGAAAUACAGAGGACACCACAGUACUGCCAACAGAAGAGACACAGGAAGAGAUAGAGACUUUGGUCCAGACAAAACCUACAACAGAUACACAAGUUCAGGACUUGGAGAACACAGCAGCGAACCAAACCAAGGAGGCAAUAGAUGCACAACCAGAAAGUGUGAAGGGCACAACUAAUGUAGAUGCCAGUGAAGACAUACAGACUGAAGAAGCUGUAGAGGAACUUGUCUUCCCGCCAUAUGAUCCAGAUUGUGCCGUAGGUCAGGAGUUUGUGAUCCCCAUAACCGGCUACUUCUGUAAGCUGUGCCACAAGUUCUACAAGAACGAGACAUCUGCCAUCGACGGACAUUGCAAGUCACAACUACACUACAACAAUGUUAAGGCAGAAUUGGAGAAAUCAACCUGUGUAAAGGACGGAAAAUGUGUCAAAGGCCCAACUGAAGUGGAACCGUUAGUCACACUAAGUGCGUCAGGGGUUGCCAGUGUUGCAGGUUAUUUGCCUAUGGAAGCAGCAGGAACGGAAACAAGUCAUGGUGAGGAAGUGACAGAGGGCCAGAUGGAGUCAGCAUCAUUUACUGAAGUGUGGCCAACAACAACAACAACGACAAGCAACGUGCAAGCUUACAACAUAUCCAGCCUCAUGGACGGUCCAGGCUUCGAGGUGAUGGAAGUCCAAGACAACAACAGUCCAGCCGAGGACACAAUGAACAUCAGAAUCGUCAACAGUUUUUCGUUAGACGUAGAUACAGGCGAGAAUGCACAUGGCUUUGGCCAUGGAGACCAAAUUGAUGCCAAGGAGUUGGAGGAUGGGACAACAGUUAGGGACAAGGGAGAUUGUGAUGAUGAAUCGGGGGACAAGAAGUUAACCCGAGCGGGCACCCCCAGCCUCAUGAGUGAGAUAGAGGAGUACCUGACAGAAAACUUUGACGACAAAACUUCCCAAGAAGUCCCUAAGGUCGAAUCAAAUCAUAAAGAUGCAGUUGAAGAAAACAUCCAAGAAGGUACCAAACUAGUGGACAGCGAAUCAGAUUCGUGCAAACAAGGCCCGUCGACUCCGGUAAGACCAACCCAGGACCUACAUUCAAGCUCUCCGGACGUGUCGAGUUCAGGUCAAGUCGGCCCAGCUCGUAGAGGUGGGCGCAAAACUGCACGGAAGUCGACUCGUGGAGGACGAAGAAAAUGAUAACAGGGUUUACGUUGUUUCGUCGCAUACUACCGGUACUUGGAUUAUUAAGUUUAGAAAGAUGAUUUCCUUUGGAUUCACUUUGAAGUUUGUAUCAUGGGGAUAGCUGUUGUGACACUACACAUGUCACAUCCAAGUACCAAAACCAUUGCCACAUCUUUAUUUACGAAGCUAGUAAUAGGGGACAUAUCUUGCUCAUUUUUUGUUUUUGUCAGCUCGCAUCUUUGAGAAAUGAUGUGGUCUCACAAGAUGUUCAUAUUUUGCUCAGGCACAGACAGAUGUUGAUUGAAUUAUUUAAAGAAAUAUAAAGAAUAAAUUUAUGUUUGUAAUAAUAUACUAGCCAUAGUCCUUAUUAUAGCAGUAACAAGUUACUUGUAAUGCUGUGCCGUUUCUUUAGUACUGAUGUCAAGACCUAAGAAGAAUUUAAUCCCCGCACAUAGACUGAGAAUGAAGCAAAUAUGUGGAAGUUGGAUAAAGAAGCAAUCGGCAGACACUACCUGUAAGGAUCCUAGACUUGAGGAGCAGGUAAAGAUGAGGAGAUGGCUUGUCCGUGGAAGGAAAUCCUGCUCAAGAACUUCUAUAAAAAGAUGCAGGCGUUUGCUCACUGGGCAUAUGUUUGAAGGACCUAUGUCACCAUGGCAACAGACCUAUGUCACCAUGGCAACAGACCUAUGUCACCAUGGCAACAGACUUUGUCACAAUGGUAACAUACCUGUGUCACCAUGGCAACAGACCCAGUGCUUUUGUGAGCUCAUCUGCAAGUGUUAAUCUUAUGUACCUGUGGCCACGUGGAUGGCGAUGUGCUAUGUUGAUGAUCGUUUAUCAUUGACUCGAGUCACUGAUGGCAUGCUGUCUUUUCUUUACUGUUUCCUAUAUCCCCUGGGAAUCGACUAUCUGAUCCGUUUGAACACACUUCGCCCUACAAUCUCUUCUUUUCUCUUUUUUCUACUUCUUUUUCUCAGAUCACUGGCCUGUCCUACUUUGACCAGGAUUGUGGAUUACAUGACGAUAGUGAUGAGGAGAAUAUCCUUGUGUACAUUGUUGUAGGAGACAAAAUAGACCAAUGUAUUACAGCCAUGUAGAGAAGAAAAUCGUCAGCCAUGAAUACCUUAGACUGCUUUAUAGGAAGAUUAUUGAGUAAGAGCAACAGGUUGAUGCCAUGAACAAGAAUGAUUUUUUGCAGAUGUACGUCGAUGUCUGUUUGACGAUGUCUGAUGUUCUUUGUUAACAUCUGACAUAUGCUGAUGAUGGCUGAUUAUUGCAGAUGAGGGCUGACGUGUAUCUGUUCUUACAUACAUUUAAGAUGUCCGUUUGCUUUGGCGAUUUUCUUAUGUAUCUUUCAAGAUUUCAGAAGCAUUGCCGUCUUCUGAUUUCUGCAGAAGACCUGUGAUGUACUGUAAAGGUGGUAAAAAGUGAACACAUUGUAGCUGUUACUAGUACAUUGCUACAAGAUUUCCUUAGUUUCUCUUUAAUUUCUUUUGUUCCUGAAACUGUUGUAUGAAGAAGAAACCCACAGCUGCGUUUGUGUGUGCUGUGUGUCACCGUUCUGAGUCUUUUGUUGGUUAACAAGAUGGCUUUGUGGAUCUCAGAGAGGUUUGUGGUGAAUAAAUAUGCUUCAUGGAGCAUCCGAGCUCAGCUGUCCAUGUGGUUUUA